UCAACAACGCCUGCAUAACGCCUGUUUUGCUGCAGCUGAAGAAAGUUUUGCGUGGCGAUAGCAGCAUCAUGGCAGUGUUUGGCCAUGGCAUUUGCUGCAGAAUUAGAGCAGCUCACUGCCAGCCUCGUUGAAGCCGUUACAGGCACAUCUCGACAAGAUGGCUCUAGAACGUUUCGACGAAACAUAAACUCGGCGCUUCAGGCUCUCAAAUCGCAUACUUUCUUGCGUACGAACCAAUUUGACGUGGAAACAGCGCUCAACGGCCUCCAAGAACGCUUCCGUAUCAAUCAUCGCGACGAGCUAGCCGAUGCUCUCGAGACCAGACUCCAUGCCUUGAACCAAAAUCCCGAAAAAUGGCAUCCCGAAAUACUUCAGCUCUUUCUAGAGCUGUCUGAUCAGCCGACAUUCAAGACCGAUCUGAACGAUCUCAACAACCUGCAUCACCCUGGCGGAGCUGCCGCGCUAGUUCUCAAAUGGGAGGACAUUGCGCAAGAGGAAGGCUGGGACCAAGAUGGAGACCUCUGGAAACCGUUUGAAUACAGCGAUUAUUCUGACGAGGACAUGGUGGACGCCAAAUCUGUCCCUGAUACCCAGCCUACCUCGGAUCUAGACGACGAUGACGAGAUUAGCAGACAGCCAGAACGACUUAUCAUUGAAGCGCCAGGCGCUGUAACACUAGAGGCUGUUCGCCAAUCGCAGGCUUGGAGACAAGCUCGACCUGUUCCAGAUGCCGAUGGCCAGCUGCGAAAGGUACCAGUGUCGGAAAUCCAAAUACUGCGAGAGGUCGUCUUUUUGCUGCAGGGCCUAAAGACGAGCUUGUUUGACGAGAAUGGCGCACCGCUUCCCUCGUUCCAAAUGGGCCAAGUCGCGUGGGAGACACACAAAUCACUAAUUGAGAGCUUUGCUGCCUGUGGUGGUUACCUGGAAGUGCUUCGCGAGUUUGCGGAACAGUCACACACGACACCUCAUAUUCAAGCCUUCCAAGAUGCCGUAGACGACCAGCUUGCCGGGCUUGAUAGCCGCCUCUCCGAUGUGCAAAUGCGAUUAGCAGCCCCCAAAAAGCAAGAGGUCGUCAGUCUUGUGGCGCUCAAAGACGAACUCUCGCCGUGGCUGGAUUCUUCAUUCUGCCUCGCGGACAUUAUCGCAAAAGCCCAGACACCUGGCUCAACCCAAUUCAGCUUCCUCGAGCACUUGUACGCUGAAGCCAACAGCGCACAAAUGACAGGUGACCCCGAGACGUAUCAAUUUCUGGCCCGACUCUUUCUAAAUUGUUUUCGCGUCUACAUCCAGCCCAUUCGGUACUGGAUGGACCAAGGUAAACUCUUGACGGGCAACGAACACUUUUUCAUCUACGAGAAUUCCAAGGCUACGGCAUCGAGCAAUGUCUGGCACAGCAAGUAUCUCCUUAGCUAUCUGGAGACUGGUGCCCUUGAUGCGCCUAGUUUCUUAGAGACGCCUGCCAGGAAAAUCUGCAACGCUGGUAAAAGUGUCAUUGUUCUGCGUCUGCUCGGCCAUGCUGAAUUUGCUGAGACGCUCCGCAGACCAGAACCAUCACUUGACUACGAGGCAGUGUGUCCUCCAGAGCUCGAGCUUGCACCUUUUUCGGAACUCUUUGCUCUGGCAUUUGAGAAAUGGAUCGACAGCAAGCAUGGCGCCACCUCGGUCGUCCUCAAGGAUCUGCUAGCCUCCCAGUGCGAGCUCUAUGCAACCCUCAACGCCCUUUACCAAAUCUAUUUCAUGUCGGAUGGCGCCGCUUCCAACUUUUUCUUGGAUCGAUUUUUCGAGCGUAUAGACAACAAUGCGCCUAGGUGGCACGAUCCGUACGAGCUAACAGGCCUUGGUCAAGAAGCGUUUGCUGAGACCCUCGACACAACACGACUUGCCAUCACCAUGGACGCUCGCGGCCGCCAAUUGUCGCACGCACAAGCUCGGGCAUCUGUACGCAACACUUUGCCUCAUCUCAAAGUGGAGUACAGACUCCCUUGGUCUAUCCAGAUGAUCGUCUCGGACACUAGCAUCGCAUCAUACCGCUCCAUCUUCACAUUCCUUGGCCAAAUCAAGCGGGCACUCUUCUCGCUCCUGAAACUCAAGCUUCUAGACACAAAAGAUGACGCCAGCGAGGCCAUUGUCGCUUUUUACUCGGCACGACAAAGCCUUCUUUGGUUCUGCAACACUCUGCAAACAUACCUCUGCACAGUCGUGCUUGCGCCAACAACCUUUCGCAUCAAGCAGCUCCUCGACAAGCUCACGGAUGUAGACACUAUGGCGUCCACCCACGAGUCUUGUGUGCAUCUUGCGGCCAGCCAGGCCUGUCUUGGUCCGAAGUUAGAGCCGAUCCAUGUAGAGAUGCUAGCCAUGCUUGAUCUUGCCAUCCAGCUGGACGAGACAAUGACCGAUACUGGUCACAUCACCGGAAGUGUGACGGCUAUCCGCGCGGAUUUUAAGACACAUUUACAAUCCAUCACAGAUGGGCUCCGUAGCGCCGCACGGGCAAGCAGCAACGAGCAAGAAGGACUCAAAUGGGAUAUGCUAGCAGACACGCUCCAACAGGGCUGCCGAAAUGUAUAAUCAUAGUCGAGAUAUAUAGUAAUGAAUAAUGAGAAUCAUGCAUUGUACU